AAUAAAAAAAAUAAAAAAUAAAAAAUAAAAAUUCAGUAAAACCUGGAAACUUCCACAGAGUUUAGAGGCAUCUCCUAGUAUUACGAGACCUUUGGAAUUACAGGUGGGUUUGGUGGAGGCGUGGACCUUUGGGUUCUUGGUUUCCUUCCGGAUCUUCAAUUUCAUCUACCUCGUUACAAGGGAGUUGCAUUUUGUAGACCUUUUGGAGAGUUUUUGAACAUGGAAAGUGGGUUUGGGGAAUCAACAAGUGUGCCACCCCAAAGCCCUUCUUGUUCUGGCAAUAGUGCAAACGAUGCAGGCGAUUUCGAAUGCAAUAUUUGUUUUGAACUAGCUCAAGAUCCUAUUGUAACUCUUUGUGGCCAUCUCUUUUGCUGGCCUUGUCUGUAUAGAUGGCUUCACCAUCACUCACAUUCCCAGGAAUGCCCAGUUUGUAAGGCCAUUGUACAGGAGGAGAAAUUGGUGCCUCUCUAUGGUAGGGGCAAAACGCAAGCCGAUCCAAGAUCGAAAACGUAUCAAGGUAUUAAUGUUCCUAAUCGCCCAGCGGGACAGAGGCCUGAAACUGCUCCUCAGCCGGAAGCAAAUCAGUUGCCCAAUUAUGGUUUUGGGUUCAUGGGAGGGUUUGUGCCCAUGGCAACUGCCAGGAUUGGCAACUUCACCUUUGCAACUGCUUUCGGUGGUUUGUUACCCUCUCUGCUUAAUAUUCAGUUCCAUGGGUUCCCAGAUGCUACAGUAUAUGGGACAACAUCUGGUUUCCCUUAUGGAUUCAAUUCGUUUCACAGUGGCCAUGCUCAUGGGUUCGCUCACCCGGCAAAUAGAGGACAUCAGGCUGAUAAUGUUCUGAAGAAUCUUCUUUUGUUGAUUGGUGUCUUUGUGAUCCUUGCGCUGAUAUGUUGGUAGAGUUGAUCUUCCCGCGUGAACUUAAAACCAGCGACGGUUGUUUAGAUUUGCGACUUUUUGUUCUUGUAAAUACAUUAGCUGAUUUGGUGUUUUACUUAUUGUGCUUGAAGAUGCUGCCAAUAUGGUGUUUUUUCUCUGUCAAUUGUGUGACGAUCGUUUGCUAGAACUCAUGUUGUUGGUAAUAAAUGGCUUGUCAAAUAUCUCAA